UCAGCAGCCUGACUACUCCCAGUCUCCAACCCACUAACCCCAUCCUUCUCUCUACGCUGGGCGAGGCCACCACUGAGCGGAGCAGGAGGAAAACCAGCAGGCGAGUUAGAGUUAUCGCCAUGCUUGGCCUCCGCGGCCUCGUCGCCGCGUCACCUGUCACCGCGCCGCGGUGUAGGGGGCGGUGCAGUGCCGCGACCGCGGCGACGUCGGCGCCGGAGAAGACGGCUGGCCACGUCGGCCGGCUUCCACUGGCCAUCGUCCCAGCGGCCGCCGCCUCGCUCUCACUUGUCCUCUGGUCCAGUCCAGUACAUGCUGGCAUCAUGUCAGGGUUCAAAGGGAUGGAAUCGGUUCCAGGCCCAGAUCUGCCACGAGUGGAGUUCUUGGAAAAAUGGAAUGCGGAGAACCAGAAGAAGUACGCCGAGUUCGACUCCAGGUUCAAGUCUUCCCAAGUGCUCAAGGAUCUGCUCGAGAAGUCCAAGCAGAACAAACUGAAGAAUGAGAGGGAGAUUCAGGAUAAAUACUGCCUGCGUGGCGCCGAGUGGGGCGUCGGGGACUGCUCGACGGAGGGGAUGUCGGACCAGGAGAAGGAGGAUUUCAUCGCAGAGCUGAAGAAAAGAACUGGACAAGAGUGAAAAAUGUGUAGACCAUUUUCCACCAUGGUGGAGUUUUGCCACUGCAUAUAUACAGCUUUUGUUGCCAGACCAGUACCACCACUAUGUUUAGAUCCAGGAAUGGCAUUUUACUCUUGGUAGCCUGAUUAGCACAGGUUCUGUAUUGUAGGAAGGAACAAAGUCUGAAACACUCAAAGACAAUUCCACUCUUUCUUUUUUCUUCAGAUUCAGUACAGAAAUCCGACGAUGCAUUAGAUGUAAUCAGACAUUUCAGAAUGCGCCCACAUAUGUUAAAUAACCUCUCAUAUGCUUCCUAAAAUUUU